AUGAGCGAGUACUGGGACCACCACCCGCCAUCCCCGGAAUCGCAAUAUACACGGCUGGAGCCACUUAAGCAGCUGGCCUCACGAAACAUUCCGUGUAUCCUUUGGGGAGAAGACGUCUUGAACUUUGCAUAUGGUGUUCCGACGUCUCUUUUUGAUCAACAGAUAAUAGUCCCAGACGCGCUGCUACAGUCGGCCUCCGCCGUGGUGCGCGAAGGGCCUUAUACUCCUACAGUACCCGCUUGGGAUUACGUGGAAAAAGAUGGUCCACGCAAAGGCACUUCGCCAUUCCCGGAGGCUAUCCGACUCAAGCAUUCAGACGUCCCAGACGAUGGCGACUCUCAUCUUGGGUGGACACCUGAACAUAUACUCCUCCUACCCCAAUCCUACUUUGGACUGGAUUUCCAGUCAAGUGAACGGUUUAAACUUCUGCCAAUACCCCUCGACAGAUUCAAUCCCGGCAUAUUAAUUCCAAACUACAACACCUUUUUAGAGGGCUUGGUCUACUUUAUCAUGAACCCACCCACAGGCUGGGACAACCCGCACCGCAGAGGCAAAAUGAAGCACGAUAUCUUGAUUGGAUAUCUGAUCGAAUGGAGAGUCAGGUAUGACUUCGACGACGUGGAUGCACCUCCGCCGAAACGAGAAUUGCUGCCGGAGGAAGAGAAGAUCCUCAGCGAGCUUACGACAGACGAGGCCCGCUGGUAUAUCAACUUCAGCUUCUGGGAAAGGCGCUUCCCCAAGUUUGACGACAUCAGGGAAUACCGAGGAGGUGUAUCACGUUCUUCCUCAGGGACAGUUCUACCUAGGCUGAAACAAAUUAUGCAUGUCCCAAGAGCUACGCCUGGUAUCUCUAGUUCUAAAUGUGAUUUCGAUUCCCAGAUCGUUUUCUACGCGAGCCUCGACAAACCCUCCCGGCUCUUCGCAUACCGACAAAUGGAUGCUACGUAUACUGUAUCUGCGAGCAGGCGGCGAUCACAGCUACGCAAGAGGCGCUAUGGACUUCGGUAUGGCGACGACCCGACUACUCCGACGGGUUCUGCCAUGAGUCUGCCCGAUUUACAUCCAUAG